AUGGUUGUGUGCCGAUUUGUGCUUCUGCUGUGGUGUGCUACGACACUUUCUGGUUUGGCAGCGGCCAACACUUUACCUCUGGUCACAUGCGACGACGACAGCGCGAUGGCGGCAGCCGGCAUGGCCGUCCGUCGUAUCAAUGACAACCACCAGCAUGGCUUCAAGUUCAAUCUGCAGGAGGUCCAGAGCAGCAGCUAUCAACAGUUUUCUGGAGGUUGCCAUAUCGAUGUCAACAUAAAGCUGGCGCAGACAAAAUGUCACUUCACUAACCCCAAACCUGUGGACCAAUGCAGGCUGUGGCAGCAGAAUGAGCGGGGUGCAGUGGCCACCUGCAGCGUUGAAUUUUGGGUCAUGUGGGGUGUGGCCAAAAUCACCAAAUAUGAAUGUACCACCAGGCCAGAACUUACCAAUGCAGAGUCGUUAACAACUUGUCCCGACUGCCCUCGGUUGUUGCCCCUGGACGAGCCCACUGCCGUCAAGGCGGUGCACAAUGCUGUGGUCAAGUUCAAUAUCGAGAGUACACGCCACAAUUACUUCACCCUGAUGGAGGUGGCUCAUGUCACAACGAGGGACCUGGCAAGGAUCGGCACAAUCACCUGGCUCAAGUUCGCCCUGGUGGAGACCAUGUGUCCCAGAGGGGCCAGGAGUACUUUUGUAGCCUGCGUGCCUCUCUGUCCAGACAGAGCUUAUCAUGCCUUUUGUCAAACCGCCUAUUACAACUCAUAUGGUCAAGUGGGUGAACUUGACUGUGAAAUUUAUCCACCAAAAAAUCCUGGCCCCUACCCAACUGGUGAACCAGAGCCCAUUUGCAUGCCGUUGUUCCACCAAAGUUCAGACGCUUGCCUGUGCAAGGACAAAUUGAAAAGCCCUGAGCCGUCCCUUCAUCAUAUUUGUCCCUUCCCCUUAAAGUGA